AGAUGCAACAGCAUUGUGGGCCAGUGAUCCUCCCAGUUCGGAUUAUGAUCCCAGCAUGCACCCCGACCCCGACGAUAGCAGUGAAAUCGGUCAGAAUGAGGGAGAUUAUACCGCAGAUGGCAGUCCUUCUGUUGGGCAUGAUUUGGACGCGAGUGUGAGCAGGGAUUCAGGUUCAGUCGGCUAUGUGAACAACGAUAUUGCAGAUCCACAGGAGGCGGAACUGGCUAUUGAGCCAGAAACACUAGACUUGUCAACGCUGUUCAAUGGGCUGCGUGAGCAUUCUCCUCCCAAGCCUGAUGAGAGCUUGGAUCCGGAUGAGGUUCCGCACGAGCAAAGCCGACCUGGGGAGGCAACAACGACGUUGACGACCAUGGAAGGCGUUGUAGCUGGAGAGGCUGGGGGGAUGUCAUUAGACCUGGCCAAUUUAUUUGCGCAGCUGCGAGAUAACACCAUUUUCCAGGACUCUUUUGCAACUGGUACCAACUUACAAUCGGAGACUCAGCUCACGACGUCCUUGCCGCUGUUCACAGAAAGCUCAUCCAUGCCGCAAUCACCUUGCAAUGCUAUGGCAAUUGAUAACGAUGCGCUUGAUGAUAUGCCUUUGCCAUCAUCCGACGAUGAGAUGGAAGAUCAAGAUGUCUACGACGAAUUCCUACCAGAGGCAUUCCCAAACCAACGCAUUCGAAGGACGAUGUACGAAUCGUUGGAUAGACGUACCGGUGUCUAUGUCGAACAGGGGCUGUACAUUAAUGUGACAGAUGACCCUGUCAAUCCCACAGUGGAUUUCAGAGGGACUGCUGGAGUGCUGUCGCACUCUGGAAAACCGUACGGGACGUCUGGUAGAUCGAGUGCUGAGAGACCAGUUGCCGCGACAGUGGCGGGACAAAUGUCGUAUCAAGAACUUGGUCGACUGGACAAGAUCUUAGAUUCAAGCUUGGACAACCUCCACACACUUCCUUGUUUAGAUUGUCCUGAGAAAGAGCAAGUCGACGCUGCUGCGGCGACACGCAGCAGAGUGGAGAGCCUGCCGUGCUAUGUAAUCUAUCUGACUUCACCUGAAUGGGAUAGUACAGGAAACCUUGAGUCAGGUGCAGCAUCUGCUUCAGUGCCUGCGUCUUCAUCCACAGGCUCAAGGUCCAAGGAAGUUACUGUUUGUCAACGAGCACUGACUCCCUGGAUUGCAGUGCGCAGUCGGGAGGAAGAUUGGCCACGGUGGGACACCAUGUUUCCGACAAUGAUAGAUGUCUUGGUUACUCUGAGAAUGAAGAACUGGAAUUCGAUGUAUAAGCGUUUUGCAGCAGUUCAGGUGGUUGUUGCCAUCUUGGAAAAGUUAGGGCUGGUGGUGCAUGGUUGGGGGUGCAACAACAGCCUCAUCCCUGUGCAGACUUGGCUGCUCGAUAGGAUGUCGAGCCGUCCGGCACGAUAUCUCCAUGUCGAGUGGAGGACUUUCCAAAAUUGGGUUUCAGCACUAUGGAACGAUUUGGAGCUGGUGUAUUGGCAUCUGGUGAAACGUGUCACAGAUAACUUGCCUCUCAGUGUGGACAGCGGUCAAGUGUAUGACCGAUUGAGAGUGUGGUAUACGCUUCCUCUGGCAGAUGCGAUGACCGGCGUGUAUACCCCAACAGAUCAGGAAUUGCUGGUGCUUAAGGAUAUGACACCGUAUGAGAGUUGGACUGCGCUGAUUGCUGCGCAAAGAGUGGAGGCUAGGAAUGCCUCUUCUGGAAGUGGGAGGGGUACAGUAGCGCCUUAG